AUGUCUCAAUUACCCUAUCAAUUCUUCCGCUGUCAGCAUGACGGCCCCUUUACUUGGUUCAGUCCUUGGGAAGGGUUUGAAUCCCGAGGCCAUUACCAUCUGCCGCUAUCCCACUGGCUAAACAGAGAGAAGAUAGAGGAACACCUGGAUUGGCGUCGUCGUCCUCUUCAGCCCUCGCCGUUCAUUUCAGUAUUUAACAACGAGUACGAUGCGAAUCGCCGCGCUCAGUACCAUGUGGGCCAUGGGUGCUCUGGUGUAUUUGUGGCAGAGAUCGAUACCACGACUCUUGAGCCCGUCCUUCUCCCGAUCACCUUCGCGCACGAAACUGUACAACUACCGGUCUGGACAAACUCCGACAACACGACCUUCAUCUCUACUCGGGCUGUUAGAUGGCAUUUGGGAGUCUCGCACAGUGUCAGCCAGCUCUCGGAAUGGUUUGCCUUGAACUAUAUCCCUGCUUCAAUGAUCCGACAUACUGUCGCUUUUUGA